AUGGACGCCGCCACCCUGCGGAAGCGGCCGCUCUCGGUCAAGACGGCCGCCGGACGCGAAGGGCGGACGGCGCCGGAAGCAGAGCUGGGGGAGCCGGUCAGCCCCUCCGCGAGGCUCGUGGAGGACUUCUACAUCAUCGUCCUCAUGGGCGCCUCCACGCCCCUCAACCUCCCCGCCCUCCGCGCCGGCAUCGAGGCCCAGCUCGCACGCUACCCACACUUCCGCAGCAUCCAGGUGACGGACAAGGACGGCAACCUGCGGUGGGCGCCGACGACGGUGAACGUGGACAACCACCUCAUCCGCCCGACGCUGGACCCGGCCGCCGUGGCGGCCAACCCGGACAAGGCCGUGGAGGACUACGUGGCGUCGCUGUCCACGCUGCCCAUGGACCGGUCCCAGCCGCUCUGGGAGUUCCACCUCUUCGACUUCCCGACCUCCGAGGCGACGUCCACCGCGGCCAUCCGCGUGCACCACUCCCUCGGGGACGGCAUGUCGCUGCUCACGCUCCUCAUGGCCUGCACGCGCAGCGCCGCCGACCCGACCAGGCUGCCGGCCAUGCCGCCGCUGCCAUCGCGCACGGGCGCCAUCUACCAGCGCCCGCGCCCUUCGGCGGGCGUCCUGGCGAUCGUCGCGUGGGUCUGGUCGUUCGUCGUGCUCGCCUGGCACACCGUGGUGGACGUCGUCGGCUUCUUCGCGACCAUACUGUUCUUGAAGGAUCCGCACACGCUGUUCAAGCGGGUGAACCACGCCGAGACGCAGCGCAAGCGCAUCGUGCACCGGAGGCUUAGCCUCGACGACGUCAAGUUCGUCAAGAACGCCAUGAAAUGCACAGUUAACGAUGUGUUGAUUGGAGUCACAUACGCUGCCCUGUCGCGCUAUCACUUCCGAAAGUCAGGUGGUGAAACCGACACUGGCAAAGAGAUACGCGUGCGCUCAAUGCUUCUUGUCAACUUAAGGCCCACCACAAGCCUACACGCAUGUGUUGAUAUGAUAAAGUCGGGCAAAGAAAGCCACGUGAAAUGGGGAAAUGAACUUGGGUUCAUCAUCCUUCCGUUCUUCAUCGGCAUGCACAGCGACCCGCUCGACUACGUUCGCAAGGGGAAGAAGGUUGUGGACAGGAAGAAGAGCUCACUGGAGGUGGUAUUCACACAUGUCGCCGCAGAAGUGAUCUUCAAAGUGUUUGGACUGAAGGCAGCUUCGGCUAUCUUCCAUCGUAUGAUCUCCCAUACCACCAUAUCGUUCGCCAACAUGACCGGCCCGGUUGAACAGGUGGAGUUUUGUGGGCAUCCAAUCGUCUUCAUCGCCCCUAGCGGCUAUGGACCGCCAGAAGCCCUAACCGUGAAUUAUCAAAGCUAUGUCAACACCAUCAUGAUAAAUCUAGCACUGGAUGAGGGACACUUUCCUGACUAUGAUGAACUUUUGGAUGACUUUGUUGAAUCCCUUGAGCAUAUUAAGAAUGCAGCUUCACGCCUUGGAAUGCAUCAUAGGAAGGCCUAA